AAGACACUGAGCAGCAAUGAGUAAGAGGACAGAGCGGUGAAGACUUCCACCAGUUGUGAUGGACGUUGUGGGUCAGGUCCUGGAUGUGGCCCAAACCAUUUAUGGACUGUGUGACCAGGCAAGUUCCAAUAAGCAACAAUGUAGUCGCCUGAAGAAACGCAUAAAAAUGCUGAUGGUGGCAUCAGAAGCCUUGCAGAGGCAAAAGGAUAAGUCUGAGCAGCUUAAGGUGGUGAUGAAGGAGCUGCAGGUGACCCUAGACAAUGCCAAGUGCUGGGUCAUUAAGUAUUCACACCAGGCAUGGUGGAAGCGGAUACUUCAGGCCAACGGCAUCAAAGAAGAGUUUGAGCUCAUCAAUGACCGGCUCGGGGAUGCAGCUGAACAGGUCUCUCUGCUGCUGGCAGUCGAACAAAAAAGAAUUUUUUUCAAUUUCUUUAAUGAAAAUACAAGAAAACGUCAAAACCAGAAGGACAUAGACGAGGACCUAAAGGAACUGAAGAAUAACCUCACCGAAAACAUGGAGAAUGUUGAGGACGGAAUGAAUAAAAUCCUCUCUGAAAUAGCUGCAAUAAAAACAGUGUGUAAACGCUCGUCCUGGCACAUCACUGAGAUUCGAGCCACAGAUCUAAAGCGUGGACCACUUUUACUGGAGAAACCCAGCCAUGACUUGUAUCUAGGCGAAUAUCACAAGAGUCCAGUGGCUAUUAAAGUGUUUAAGGGUCAACAGCUCAGAACUCAAGAUUUUAUAAUAAAAACCUUCCAGUCUGAGAGUGAAACUAUGAAGAAAUUUGAGUGUCUCAAUAUUUUACGCCUUUAUGGCAUUUGCGUUGACAAUUCAGGCGCUGACCCCUCUUACUCCCUUGUGAUGGAAUACUGUGAGAAAGGAACUUUGCGACAACUGCUUGAAAGAGAGCCAGACCUGUCAUGGGAGCAUCGUGUCCGAAUGGCUCUAGAUGCAGCCAGAGCUAUCUACCGGUUACAUCAGACAGACAUAAAGGCCAUCCUGCAUGGGAGCCUGAGCAGCACCAAAUUCCUGGUGGAUGGGACUUACUGUGUAAAGCUUUCUGGAUUUGAGCUUUCAAAGACUGAGUCAUCCCUUAGACGGCCAUCUAAUGCAGAGAGGAGAAAAAAGAGCUGUGAGCUUGUCUACAUCGCUCCUGAGACUUUGCAAGACAUCAACGCCUAUGACAAACGGAGCGAGAUUUACAGUCUUGGAGUGGUGCUUUACGAACUUACAACUGGAAAACUACCAUAUCAGGACCUGCCAGACACAGAGAAUAACCAGACAGUGAAUGGAGAACUUCCCAGUUCCUGUCCCCCUGUGCUGAAAGAACUUAUCACAAGCUGCCUACAGAGGAAUCUAAAUGAUCGUCCAACAGCAGGAGUAAUUGUAGAUCUACUCAUCGCUCAUUUGAAUCAAAGCGAGUCCUGACGCCAGAAUGGGAAAUUCCUAGGAGAAAUUCAUUGAGUUAGGGAUAAUGAAGAAACCAUCACAAGUGACUGUGCAAAGGAACAAACUCACAAAAUCAUCAAUGAUCUCUAUCUAAAACAAAAGAAUACAGUCCGAUCUCAUAAGCUAAAUCUUCAAUGUUUUUAAUGUGAACAGCCAAUCAGAUAGCCCGGGCUGACUUCAGCAUUUUUCAUGUUUGCCACUAGAUGGCAUCACAACAAUAACAUAAGCUCCUUGGUAUGACAUGCUGUGAAGACAGAAUCUUAUGAGCUGUGUGUAUAUAUAUAUA